CUCCCGCAAUGCCAAACAUCACUUCGCCCAGGCGGCCAUGCGAUCUCCCAAAUCCCGAGUCGACCUCUUCCUUCUGGCACCGUGAGCCUGAUUCCGUGCUGGUUGGCCAUCGCACAACCCGUGAUCUGCCUGAGACGGCCGAUGUGGCAAUCAUCGGAAGUGGGAUGACCGGAACGAGCACUGCCUACAGUCUGCUCAAUGGCAACGACAAGCCUUUGAAAGUAGUUAUGCUGGAGGCGAGAGAGGCGUGCUGGGGAGCUACCGGCCGAAAUGGUGGUCAUUGUCAGCCACUGCUAUUCACGCAUCCUGAUGAGCCUGAGAUUGGGCAUUUCGAACUUGCCAACUUCCACACCUUGCAUGCUCUAAUCCGGGAGAAAAACAUUGACUGCGAGUUCAAUGUUCAACCCGGAGUGCAAGCCAUCUACUCGGACUACCACCUAGCUAGGGUGACGGAAGCACUCAAGACUGUGCAAGAAAAGUCGCCAGAACUCGCAGAAAGGAUGAAGCUCGUCACGGAUCCCAAAGAGCUGGCAGCUCUCCGCGUCCACUCUGCAAUCGGAGCUGUCGUUACUGACAUCGCCGCGAGAAUGUGGCCAUACAAAUUCGUGGCACACAUCCUCUCGGAACUCCUCACGACUCCGCUCCCUGCCGGCCAGAGCUUCAACCUGCAAACUCUCACACCCGUGACAGCCGUCAGCCCUUCUCACUCCCAAGGAGUCCACAUCGCAACAGCCCGCGGAACACUCCUGGCGAAGAAAGUCAUCCUCGCAACGAAUGGCUACACAUCGCACCUCCUCCCCGCAUUUGCAGACUUGAUCGUCCCAUGUCGAGGACAAAUGUCUGCUCUUCAUCCUCCGCCUUCACUGGCAACGGAAGACAACCGUCUGAAGACUUCUGUCGGAUUGCUAGGCGAUGGUGUAGACGACUAUCUCAUCCAACGACCUAUCGAGCGUGGUGGAGAACUGAUGUUCGGCGGUGCAAGGCAUGAAGGGAAGCAGACGAUGGGUGUGACAGACGACAGUGUCGUGGAUGAAUGGUCGUCCAAGUACCUGCGGCAAAAACUGGUCGACUUUCUCGCCAUUCCCAAGGGAGAAGUCGGUAAGGAAGGACUGGAAGCGAGCCAUAUCUGGACGGGCAUUAUGGGUUACUCUCGCGAUGAUAAGCCCUGGGUUGGACGUGUGCCGGGUGAUGGCAAUGCGCUGUUCAUGGCGGCAGGAUUUACUGGGCAUGGUAUGCCGAACACUUGGCUUUGUGGAAAAGCUGUCGCGAGAAUGGUCAUGGAGGACGAUGGGAAGGAUGAAGAGGGAUUGAGAAGUCUGGUGGAGAGGGAGGUUGGCUUGCCGAAGAGCUAUUGGGCUUCGCAGGAGAGGGUCGAGAGGUCGGUGAGGGAGUUCAAGGACGUUGCAAUUUCUGAUUGGGAGGACGCAACGAGAGGACUGUGAUAUAACUACUGCUGGCCAGCAUAUAUGAACCUGACUUGCUACAGUGAGAUUCCUCCUCUGGAAUUGAUACGCAAGACAUUGAC